AAACAAAUCCACGUGCUCUCUUUGUUGUUCACUUUCGUUGUGGGGCACAGAAGUCUCAAUACCGGUACAACAACAAUGUACUUUUUGACUGCCAUUUUUGCAUGUCCAUUUUCGUAAGAGCUAGCUAGCGAUGUCGACGAGAAAUUAUUUUAUACUGUGGCGAAGAUGGAAACAUUCUAUUAGUACGAAGCACAUAGCAACAAGAAGUAUUCUUAAAGAUGGCAACACAAUGCCGCUUUUCGGCUUUGGUUGUUAUAAGCUUGCCGAUAAUAUGACGAAAAGUUCAGUUUCGACUGCUUUGAAGCACGGUUACAGAUUAAUCGAUACAGCGCAACAAUACGGUAACGAGAAGUUUAUUGGACAAGCAUUACGUGAAUCGAAGUUACAACGAGAAGAUUUUUUCGUUGUCACAAAACUUUCAUAUUCCAAUGGUUACGCGGAAGCCAUAAAAUCUUGCAUGGAAAGUUUAAAAUUAUUGCAACUCGAUUAUAUUGACCUUUAUUUAAUACAUUCCCCUUCAACUGGAAAAGUUAUCGAGACGUGGGAAGCCUUUACUACAUUACAAAAGCAGGGUUAUAUUCGAAGUAGCGGGGUAUCGAACUUUCAUAAGCAUCAUUUAAAGCCUCUUCUAGACAGUGGUCUUCCUGCACCAGUAGUGAAUCAAAUUGAGUACCAUCCAUGGAACCAGCAAACAGAUCUUCUUAACUAUUGUAGACAACACGAUAUAAAUAUAAUGGGCUAUUGCCCUUUAGCGAGAAUGCAGCUAUUUACUACCGAACAUUGGAAUCCUCGGAUUGAUGUUAUAUGCAAGAAAUACGAAAAAACAAGGACCCAAGUAAUUCUGCGUUGGUCGCUGCAGAAUGGUGUAAUAACAAUCCCAAAGUCUUCCAGCGAAGCUCGUAUCAUAGAGAAUGGAUCUAUAUUUGAUUUUGAAUUGGACACCGCAGAGAUGGAAUUCAUUUCUGAUUUAGAUAAAGGCAUACAAAUUGCUUCGGUCAGUGCCAAGACUGAUCCAUGGCUCGGUUAGUAGGUGAUGCGACCUAUGUGUAAAAUUGCUGUAAUUAUUAAAUAAAAUUCUAUUUCUUUUGGUGAAAAAAGGAGUUGUUAUUUUGAAAAA